UAUAAACCAUGGGGGACCACGUGCUCGUGAAAUGGACCACGGAAAACAAAUGGGAUGUGUAUCCCUUGCGAAAUAUAAAAUCGCAGGAUGUGAUUUGCCAGCUCCUUGAUGACCCAAGAAGCAUCAAGGCUUUGACCAACCAACAAGUGGAUGUCCUGUGGGAGGACAACGAGUAUGCGCCGGCAUAUAUUUUGGCAAUGGGGUCACAGGUUGCCAUGGAAAGGAGGAGGACCAGGCUUGUAGCUGGCCAAGUCCCUCAGAGCUGCCUCGCUGGGCAGAAGCGUAAAUGCAGCUGUGGGCUUGGAGAAGAGGUGGAAUCUCUGAAAGAAGAACUGGACAUUUCACGUGCCAAAGUUCACGAGCUGACAACAAAGCUUGACAGAGCCUCGUCGAAAGCCAGCCGGCUCAAAGAAAAAUAUGCGAACGCAAAACAAUUACUUGGUAUGUAGAAUGAACAGUAUCUUUUGCAUU